AUGGAUUUCUCAUCUCCAGCGCUUCCCUUUCAAAACAUUGCAGAUUACUUGACUUUGGAAGAUAAAUUCAUUUUGCGCCAAGUCAACACAGCCACCCGAGAUCUUGUCGAUAAUUUGAAUCCGAAAAUGACAGAAAUGGCAAUAUACUGCGGCAUGCCAGUACCUAAAAUGAAAUAUCUGACAAGCAUGAUGAGAAAUACAAAACUUCGAUUAAAAAGACUAUCGAUUGGUCAAAAUCAAAAAACUCUUCCGAAGAUUUUCAAAUGGUUGUUGCCGGAUUUGAAGCACAAAGUCCACACGGAGACGUUCUAUUCUGCAAGCGUCGUUCUCGCUGCUCCACUUUUUGCUCACUUGCAUCCUGACACAUUGAGAGAUGUUCAUCUGGUUGUCGGAAAGAAAUCCGUUGAAAGUCUCCAACAAAUUGUCGAAUCUGAGCCAUGCAAAAAAUUGGAAAAGAUCUUCAUUCAAACUUACCUUACUCCUAAUAAAUUCCCAUUCAAAUCGUUUGAACAUUUAACUAAAAUCAAGAUUCAAUUCUUCGGUGUCACCUGUUCUCAUGUUAUCCCGGUCAUCUUAAAGAGUUUCCUGAACAAAGCCAAACAAUUGCAAUCACUUGAAUUGACUGUUGGAGUUCACCCAUUCAACAUUGAAAACAUCCUUAAAUCGUUCAAUCGACCAUCCAUGAUUGUUCAGACAAGAUUGGGUGAACCAGCUAUUCGACAUUAUCCGAUUCAAGGAUCCAAUUAUAUAUUCGAAAUCGAAUUUGAACGAAGACGUAUUUAUAUCGAGAGAAAGUUAUAA